AUGAUUGCUGCGUUAAACUUGCGUUCCUGCUUCACAUGGGGCCUCUUCUUCACUUGGGGCAUCAAGGUGAUUCUCUCCCAUUUCUACUUCAUCGCUUUCGUCUGUCUCGCCGCUUCUCUCAACAAUAACGCCCUUUGGGUGAGCUCUUCCUACGUUGCGACCGUCGAUAAACACCCCAAACAACCAACUAUUUACGCCUUCAAGUUGUCCCUCUAUUGCACCGAGCACUGGGCGACUACUCUGGAAAGACGCGAAAAUGGCUCGGGCGUGAACACAGAAGCGUCAUUUUAUUGUGAGGAUCCGAUGGUUAUCGAGUUUUUGGCCGAUGCCCAUCAGCCAAUUCUAUCAGCGGGUUUUUCGAUGGCCUUCAUGAUUCUCGCAUUCUUCGCCCUCUUUACCGCCACAUUUUUUUCGAUUUGGAAGGUAUUUCGCAAAAACCACUUCGCGAUUUUGUUGUGGGUGAUGUUUCUGUUGUUCAUCUUGCUCUCAAUUAUCACAUCGGGUGUGGCGGCAAGAAUGGUCAAAGAUUUGAAGAUGGAUUUUGAAAAGACACUCAGUGGUCAAUUCGAGCAUUCCGAUAGCGGUCACUCAAGCUAUUUCUCCAAUUUUCCGUCAAUUAUCGAGAAGAAUUCAGACGGAACACAAAAUUUCGAAAUAACAACCGGUUCUGCCCAUCAUUGUUUGGUCGUUCACAUGUUUUUCGCCAGUCUUGUGCUAUUGUUGGGUUUUUGCGUUGUGAUCGUUGACGGAAGUCUCCAAUGGGCGGCUGCACGAAAAGAGAAAAGGGAGAAAAAAGAAAGUGAAGAGGCUGUUCCAUUAUCAUCAGCAUCACGAAUGGGUGGUCCUUCUCAAAUCACAUCACUUUCUUCAACUACUCAACGUCCUUUCAUUGGACCGACUCCAACUGAUGGAGAAACGAUGAAAUUAUCGGUGAAAGAAUUCAAUAACUCAUCCAGCAAACGUGUCCACAUUGGAAGUGGAUCAAAGCGUGACUCGGUUCGAUCAAAUCUGAGAGAUAUCUCAACAUCGAACUCGGUGAUGCCAGGAAAAGGAGAAGCUGGUCGAAGUGGA